AUGGUUACAAUCGUUCUUAAUCAAGAUGAAACACCUUUAUUGUACAGUCUGGUUUUCGGGGAGGGAGUUGUUAAUGAUGCCACAUCAGUGGUUCUUUUCAAUGCAAUCCAGAGCUUUGACCUUUCUAACAUCAGCACUACUAUUGCUUUACAAUUUGUGGGAAACUUUUUGUAUUUGUUCAUCUCAAGUACUUUGCUGGGGGUUUUGGCUGGACUGCUUAAUGCUUUCAUUAUUAAAAAGCUCUAUUUUGGAAGGCAUUCAACUGAUCGUGAGGCUGCUAUUAUGAUUCUCAUGGCUUACCUCUCAUAUAUGUUUGCCGAACUUUUCUAUUUAAGUGCGAUUCUUACGGUAUUCUUUUGCGGGAUUGUUAUGUCUCACUACACGUGGCAUAACGUUACGGAAAGUUCAAGAGUUACAACAAAGCAUGCUUUUGCUACUCUGUCAUUUGUUGCUGAGAUCUUUAUCUUCCUCUAUGUUGGCAUGGAUGCUUUGGACGUUGAGAAGUGGAGAGUUAUUAGUGAUACCCCCGGAAAAUCGGUUGGGGUGAGUUCGAUACUGCUGGGAUUGAUUCUUGUUGGUAGAGCAGCCUUUGUUUUCCCCUUGUCGUUCGUAUCCAACUUGACGAAGAAAGCUCAAUAUGAGAAAAUUGGAUUCAAACAGCAGGUUACCAUUUGGUGGGCCGGUCUUAUGCGCGGUGCUGUAUCGAUCGCACUUGCUUAUAAUCAGUUUUUGGGUUUUGGUCAUACUCAAUUGCAAAGAAAUGCACUGAUGAUAACCAGCACAAUCACAGUUGUUCUUUUCAGCACAGUGGUUUUCGGAUUGAUGACUAAACCAUUAAUAAGGAUCCUGCUUCCUUCACCGAAAAAUCUCACCAGAAUUCUUUCAUCUGAACCAUCUACUCCUAAAUCAUUCAUUGUGCCAUUCCUUGACAACGGGCAAGAAUCCGAGGUAGGCCAAGGAAAACGAAACAUACUCCGACCAAGCAGCUUAAGAAUGCUCUUGACCACUCCUUCCCACACCGUGCACUACUAUUGCAGAAAAUUAGACGACGCCUUCAUGCGACCGGUAUUCGGCGGAAGGGGUUUUGUACCCUUUGUUCCCGGGUCACCAACUGAACAAAAUGGUCAUCAAUGGCAGUGAACGAGGAACUCUAAGCCGGUCUAUAGCAGUAGCAGGUAGUAAAAUCGUACUGAAACCGGCUCAAAAGUCGGGUUUCAGUGUGAAGCUUAAGUUG